UGUGCGCGCGGCCCGUUUAAGGCGGGUCGGUUUCUGUUUCGCUCCGCGGGGGCUGCGCGGCCGCCGCCAUUAUGGAGCCGCAGCCCGACAGCCUGGAGGGGUGGGUGGCCGUGCGCGACACCGCCUUCGCCGAGCCCCAGCCGCCGCGGCUCCGCUUCCUCGUGGCCUGGAACGGCGUGGAGGGCGCGUUCGCCGUGACCUGCCACGGCCGGGCGGAGGCGGCGGCGCAGGCCCCGCAGAGCUGGGCCGGCCUCUUCUCCGCGCCGGCUCUGCGCGGCGUCCACCGGCAGCUGUCGGCCGUAUGCCCGCGCCUGGAGCCCGCGUUCCCCGCGCUGCCGCCCACGCUGCCCGGCGCGGCCGCGGCUGGCGGGCUGUGGGCAGUGCUGUUCCCUGGCGGCGCGGCGCCGGGCGAGGCCGAGGUGCAGGAGCUGUGCCGGGAGCUGGAGCGCUACCUGGGCUGGGCCUUGGAGCUCUGCGGCGGCCGGGUGGUGCUGGACGCGCUCUUCGCCGACGACCGGCGCCACGACGACGAGUACUUCGAGAGCCUGCACGAGCUCCGCGCCAAGGCCCUGCGCGGCCACCUGGCCCGGGCCAAGGAGGCCCUGCGGCGGGUUCUUCAGCAGCAUAAAAAUGCUGACACAAUGGUGGUUUUGAUGAAGGUUUAUGAAGAAGAAGAUGAAGCUUAUCAGGAUUUGGUCACCAUGGCAACACAAUUCUACCAGUAUUUACUGCAGCCCUUCAGAGAUAUGCGAGAGCUGGCGACACUGUACAAACUGGAAAUCCUGAAGUCUUUACAGUAUGAUAAUUUGGGGCCUAAAAGAGUAGCAGCUUUGCAGAAAGAUGCUGAAGAAUGGACUAAGCGAGCUGAAAAUGCUGUGUGCUCCAUUCAGGAUAUCACUGUGAACUACUUCAAGGAAACUGUAAAGGCUCUGGGAGCAAUGCACAAACAGAUGGAACAAGAUCAGGAAAGAUUUGGUAAAACCACCUGGGCAUCAGCUUUGCCACGACUAGAAAAUCUGAAAUGUAUGUUGACUAAAGAAACCCUUCAGCAUCUGAGAGCGAGAGAGUUGUGCCUGAAACAGAAGAGAACUGGCAUUCGGAAAAACUUGGAGAACCUCAGUGAACAAGAAGAGAACCUGACUCUAGUGGAGGAGCUGGAAAUACAGUAUUAUGAAACGCAGCUGGAAUUAUAUAAUGUACAGCUGGAAGUAUUGAAACAUGAAGAAUUGCUGCUUAUUGUACAGUUGGACACUUUAAGGAGACAGAUUAAAGAGAAACAGGAUGAAGUUGUUUACUAUGAUACUUGUGAAAAUCCUGAGGAGCUCAAGGUCAUUGAACAGACAAUGGGACAACAUUACGCUAACUUGUCAGAAAUGACGAUGCUGAGGCAGAAGACUAAGCAGUUGGAGACAAAGCGUGGGACUGUCUGUGCGAGGAGAGCCAACCUCAGGAACAAAAAAGAUCAGUGUGAAGCAAGCCAUCGGCAGAGACUGCAACAGGCAGAAGAGAGCAAAAAACGCUUCCAGCAGCAUCACAGCAUACAGAUAAAGAGAGAUAAACAAAAAGAAGAGGAGAAAAAGAAGAAAGCUUGGAUAAGCCAAGAACGUCAGAAAACACUGGAGAGGCUGAAAACAUUCAGGGAGAAGUGUCCGGCUCAUGUUGUUCUGAAAACGUCUCGUCCGCAGCCUUUCAGUCCCAAGCUGCCACGAAGCAUCACCCAGCAGGCUGCAGUACCAUCCCCUCCACCUUCGUCGAGAGCAAGGGCAGCUCCAGAGCAGCCGAAGAGCACCCUGCUGGUAGAAGCCAAAGAAUCAAAAGCUCCACCUCAGAAUUCCCCAGCAGAUACACCUGUCCAGAUUUUUGUUACUGCUGGUGACUCAGAGCAACAAAAGCUCAGUGAGGGACCGGUGGUCUCUCCAUCUUCCCCACCACCACCACCUCCUCCACCCCCUCCUCUAUUACCCCCUCCUCCCCCACCUCCACCCUUACCUCUCCAGUUGAAGACACCGCCAGCAAUAGAGGAUAAACCGCAUCCCCUUAGCUCCUGUGGCCCCACGGAAAGUCCUGCACUGCACAAACAGGAUGACUCGUCCGGGAGGUCUAUAAAUAAUUGCAUAGGUUCCAUGGAUGAGGUUUUGGCUUCUCUAAAACGCGGUGAAGUUCAUCUUCGCAAGGUGGAACAGCCAAAUCCGUAUGCCUCUGUAAAAGACAACAUCCUCGCUGCCAUAAGCACCUACUGCUGUUUGGACAUCAGAAAACGACUUUUAGUUUUGUCCCCUGCAAUCAAACCAAGUGGAGACACAAGCAGGAGCGGAGCAGCUGUGCCUGAAGCUCAGCUGGGGGCUGAUCGGGGGUGUUCAACAAAGCUCUCUACAUCCCAGGCUGAAAAACGUCCUGAAAAGCCCACUCAGAAACCAUUUGAACCUGCUCUUUCUCCUGAAACCCACUUCAUUUGCUGGGUAGGAAAUGGCCCCGGUGCCCAAGGAUGGUUUGCCUUAGGUUGAUGGGGCACUCAAGCUGUUCACAAGUGUCAGGAGGCAAGAGGCCUUAAUCUGGAUUUGAGCUCAGGCUUCAGCAACGUGCAAGGGCUGAUGGACAACGUGGGAGAAACGGGAGUGGUGGGUUGGCUGCGUGAUGACGAGCUCUUACUGGACUACUAGAUUAAUAUCAACCUGCAAAACUGCUGUGACAGCUUUUUGACAUUUAAUACCCUUCUUAAAGUAUCUCACCCUGGGCUAGUAAAUGAAUCCCUUGGUGGGAAUAGUCUGCCCAGACUGCCCAGCUGCAUAAAUUAAGCUGGAAAAAAUAUAGUUGUCAGGGUUUAAAGAGUUAAUAGUGCACAGAUUUGCUGGAAAGCCCAGUAAUAAUGUAAAGAGAUCAAUGUCUAUUAAUCAGUGUCCCUGUGGCUUGUGAUCUCUCUAUGAUGUGGGCAGUUCAGACAGCAGCUGCCAGUAUUUCUAGGGAGGUUUAAAGUUAAUGUAUUCAAAGACUACUUGGUCUGACAAAAAGCAUUUUACUUUGAAAUCCCAGCGCUUUGAUCACAGCAAGAGAGGAGUUGAGGCAGUGUUACCGGCACCGUGGCCAUAGCUGCUAAUGCCAGUGCAGCUAUGGAUUUGUCAGCGUUUCUGUCAACGUGACGCUUUUCCAGACUUAGGAACCUGCUCCAUAACCAACCCCUGGUUCAGCACACAGGGCUGACUCACAGCCUGGAGACUGACUGUUUUUUCCCCUGCAAAAUGGUAUUGAACCAAGCAAAUCAAGCCUGAUUGUGAACACCUUGAAGUGAUCCAGGCUCAUCUUGCAAGAGCAUGAGCAAGUAUGCUACUUCACUUGUGCACUUCGAAGAGCCUCUUGGAAGUAAUUUAAUACUAUCUGGAAAUCAAUGCUGAGUUAUAUAAUGUGAUUUAUAUAAUGUGGUGCUGAUUUAGAUAAUGUGAUUGCACAAAGAUGCACUGUCCUCGCUACAGGCUUCUCAGCAACAGGCAACAACUUGCCCCAUCAGCAGGUCAUGUGCUGUUUGCACAAGGGAUGGAAAAUGUGCCAGGGACGGCGAGAUGCCUUGUCCUCACCCCCAGCGCAGGGGAACUGCAGGCAUUUCUGCAUACAGAGAGCCGUAAACAUGCUAUGAAAGUGCUUCACCUAAUAUCAAAUUGUGUUUACAGAUAUCUAAAGGGUGAGUGUCAGGAGGAUGGAGCCAGGCUCUUCUCAGUGACAAACAAUGGUAGGACAAGGAGUAAUGGGUUCAAACUGGAACACAGGAGGUUCCACUUAAAUUUGAGAAGAAACUUCUUCCUGGUGAGGGUGGCAGAGCCUGGCCCAGGCUGCCCAGGGGGUUGUGGAGUCUCCUUCUGUGCAGACAUUCCAACCCGCCUGGACACCUUCCUGUGUAACCUCAUCUGGGUGUUCCUGCUCCAUGGGGGGAUUGCACUGGGUGAGCUUUCCAGGGCCCUUCCAACCCCUGACAUUCUGGGUUUCUGUGUUAAAAUCUCCGAAGCCUAUCUCCAUUCAAACCGUGUUUUUCUUCUGUUUGUAAGACGUGUGGUUGGAAGAGGCUGAUGUGCUGCACAAGCCACACCGUGCAUGAAUGCUGCAGGCAUCUGCCUUUCUCUGCCUUCCUGUUAAAACCAAGGAGAAAACCCCAGUAAAUUUCUGUUUCUACCAAAAGUCAAGGUUUAACCUGCUCUUCACAGGGCCUUUACUUCUCUCCCCCUGGCAGAGGAGCCGGCACAGGGGUGUCUCUUGCCCCGGGAGAGGUGAGUGCUGCCUGUGUCCCACCAGCUGAAAUCCCAGCGGUGCCACCGCUGCUGUGCAGCCACCGCCGGCCUCCUGCCACCCCUUGCUUUGCAGGCCAGAACCUACGAUCCAUCCUUCAGUCAGUUGUGCCCCCUUCUUUUCUCUCUUAAAAUGAAAAGAUGUACAUGCAUGCCAGGACACCAGGAGCGAGAGGGACAAAGAGGAUCGGUACAAAGGCAUUCAUUAGGACUAACAAAAAGCUGGGAAAUGCUUCUUUUUUGGUCCUCUUCUACAAAGAAGGGGUUGGUAGAUCAGAGUGUGAACCCUUUGGAGAAAAAUGAGAUGUAAGGCUAUGCAUGCCCUCUCUUGAAAAGCAUGGUUUUAAUUCCAAAAUUUCAUGUUACAUCUGCACACUAAACACUGUAAUAAGGUGAUAUUGGUGGGAAAGAGGGACACAUCAUUUCAAUUAAACCCAUGGUGGUGAUAAAAAGUGAAUGGUAUUGAAAGCAUCUUUUAAUAAAUGCCACAGCAAAGCUUGGCAGAAAAGCAGCUCAGAACAACAUGUGAACGAAUCUCUGCGGGAAAACAGGCAUUCAAAACAGCUCCACAACGUGGCGUUUUUUCUUUCCUUGCGAAAAGGUAUGUGAUUUUCAUUUUCUGUGUGUCACGCUAAGCUGAAAGCAAGGAGCAGCACAAUUAAGUCUGCUCAGGUAGCAGUGACAUUAACAGCUCAGCUACUUGUGAAAACGCUCUGUAAAAGAAGCCGUCUUUAGCACACCAUUGCUCUAGCAGUAAUGAGCCACAAACUGCUCAGAAUAUAUAUUUAGCAAAACCGCAGUUGCUCAUUUUCCACUAGAUCCCCCUCCUGCCCCUGAUCCCUGGCAAAACACUGAGGACGGGGGCAAAGAGCUGCCUCCUUGGGCGGGGAAGUCUGGGGAGAUGCUGGCCAGGCUGGGAAAGGAACUCAAUAUGCUACUGGGUUUAUCCUCACUUGAAAAGGUUGGUUAAUUACUUAGUGUUAUAGAGACUUUUGCAGAUCCUUUCUGUCUCAAGCCAAUAAUCUGAACACCAUCCCAUGAGUGUCUUUACCAAACCAAAAGGUAUUUCUCCGAGAAGCAGCAGCAGCCUCUGCUCCAUCCUCCUCUCACCAAGGGGUUGAAUGGCAGCCAGCCCCGACACCAGCAGCAUGGGAUCAGUGGGCAGUGCAGACGCUCAGGGUGACAAAACGGAUGUGUCCCGCUCCUGGAGACGCUCAAAUCCCUGUUCAUCAGCAGGUGAGUCACUGCCCUUCCCACGGUCUCUUCCUGCGACGUAGAGGUGACGGUGAAAGAGGAUCAAGCGCCCACGCUCCCCCCAGCCCACACGGAGAGUUCCGCUCUCUCCCCUCCCACCCGAGCCAGCAGCCCCACUAUUUUGGAAUAGAAACACUCAAAAGUGUGCUGGAGCGUGCAGAGCAGUGGAGCUGAAGUGCAUUUUGUCUGCUGUGCCGCAAAGAGCACUUUGCAGACGUAAACGCUCUGGGGAGCAGAUUGUGUCUGGCUGCAGCCGGGGUGGCACAGCUGGCACGUGGGACUCCCCGGUUCCCCCCGGUGUGUGCCGGCACCUCUGCCUGCUCCCCCAAGGGCAGGGUCUCCCCGUGCUGUACCCGUGGCAGAAAUGGGGCUGGCUGUGUGGCCGAGCUCCUGUCCCUGCAGGGUGACCGCCCGCGGCGCGGUAUUCCCCGUGGUGAAGGGAUGGCAGCCUAGCAAGGCUGCAGUCAUCUCUACAACUGUAAUUAGCUUUAAAUUGGGCAAGGAGAGAUCCGGGCCAGAGGUGAACCAGACAAGCAAUGUCCUCCCUCAAUACGGGUCUCCACCAUAGUCACCUGGUGUGACCCAAAGAAGGCUUUGUGGUGAGGCAUUUUGCAAGACAAAGGGAGUCCUAAUUAAUUUGCUGAAACAUUGCGCUCUCAAUCCCUGUUUGUACACUCCCAUCAGUGCCACUGUUGGCUUUUAUGAGCAUUUAUCACAUGUGAAAAGGAGGAGUUGUACUUCACUAAUAGCUUAUUCCUGUCUUUACAUUUCUAAACACGUUAACUGUGAUCAGAAAUGCAAGGCUGCAGGGCAACUCAUCUGUGCCUCUUUGUGUUUGGUUUGGUUUGUUUUUCAAACAGCAUUCAUGCGUCUCUCUCAUCCCUGUCCUAAAGCCAUUCCCUCCCACUGCAAUGACUGUGCUGAUGACCACGGGACCUCCUCAGCAUAAGGAGAGUGAAUCACUGCUGUUUCUCAGGUUUCGGAGCCAUAGGUUACCUUUAUAAAUUCACCCAACACUGCCAUAGUUAAGUGGGACUUGAAAUACAUAAAUACUUUCUUUCCUGGAUUAUUUGCUUUUCAGGGAAUUCCGGGAACCUGUUUUGCAUCUCCGAGCUAAUGAAAGUGCAGCCCUGCAUCCAGGCCAAAAAAAGAACCAUGGCAGUAAUGGAAUAAAUAGCAAAAGCCUAAAAGUAAAUAGCUUUGAAAAUUGAUACAGCUCUGUGUGACAUGAUAAUGCAAAAAGGUUGCCUGUGCUGUAUUAUUUAUAAUUCCCGGAAUGUCUGAAUUCCCUGUAGCCAGCAUGCAUUAAGCACAAUCCAGGGCAUAUGCAACAAAUCAUAUUCAAUGAUGGAAAAGUGGGAGAAAAGCAAGAGCUCAGUCUCUCUUGAUUACAGCAGCCACAGAUUUCUUUUCAUAGACUACCAGUACUAAUGAAUGAAGAGGACAUGAAAGGAAAACAAAAACACUCAAUCCAAUGUGCUUCAUGUACCCAUAGAUGUAUCUGCUCAUGAAUUCAACUAAUUAAAUGCAAACCAUUGUCAAGAGAUGUUGUCCUGGGUCUUUAAGCCCUCGUUGAGCCCCGUGUGGCGUUUAGCUCUGGGAUCCUGGGUACAAACCACCAUGCACAUCAACACAGGGACACGUGCGCUUAUGAAGAGACGCAUUUUAUAGUGGAGAACAAGAGGUCCCAAAGCUCUGCUGGAGCAGGACCAACCCUGUGAAAUGUGCCUGAGUGCUGCUGAUGUACCAACCUUGAAGUCUGAACAUGGGGCCCAUCCUGGCAUACAAAAAAAUCUCUUCAUUUCAACCCAAAUGAAAACCUGCAGUUUUCCAUCUAGAGAGAAUUUCAUUUCAGGCAGUGUUUCAGGGGAGAUUUAACAGUUCUGGAAAGUUAGUGAGAUACAUUCAGUUUUCAAAUGCUUUCUAAAAAUGUUAGUGGUUAUUUCAUGCAAUGAUGGAAAGUGAACAGGGCAUUUCUUGUGUGCCUUGGGUCUGGUUCAUAACACUGCACAGACUUUCAAACGUAAUUGUAUUAUUCAGCUGUCUCCUCCUCCAAACACAGAGUAAGUGAAUAAAGAGUAGCAAAGAGCAUAAAGAAAGUGAAAAGAGAAAAGAAAGAGAAUAAAGGAAAGUGUUAGAUCCAAAGGGAAUUUCAUAGCACGGAGAUCUGCCUGUGGAAAUUUCGUAGGCAGAGGUCAGAGUUAAGUUCCACUCAGCUGCGACGAUCGCUCAGACGUUCCCAGCAAUGCAUUAUUGCAGUAAGAUUAGAGCUAUUUGCCUUGCAGAUGUUGGCCAAGCUUUUAAAAUUCACCAGGUCUCAGAUGUUCACAGCCUGGGACGGCUACUCCAGCUUCUUCAGCUGCUACUGCCCUAUUUUUGUAUCUAACAUAUACAUGUCAGUUGUUGGCAGCAGAAGGUCAGCCCGUUACGCAUUAGGCUCACUGAUGCUGCUGUUCUGCUCUGAUUGGCAAUGCUGAUUAUGUAAAGGAUAUUUAAUGUUGUAAAUCGUUAAAAUUAUCUACAAGCUUCUGGAUACUUUUUAGGAGAUAAAAAGUAAGACAAUUAAACGUAUGCACAUUUCUCCGUGUAUCAGAGGAUUUGUGCAGAAAUGCUCAAGUCUUCUAGGAAGUAGGGAGACAGUUAAGGGAAUAAUAUAUAAUUAACACAUCCUCUUUUCUUCCCUUGUUGGUGCAGACAUGCCUUUAGAUAAUAAAUGCAGAACAUUAAAAGCAUUUGGAGUGCGUGGGACAGAAUAAUGUUGAAUUUUAUGUAAGUAUGUUCAGCCCUGCCACCAGUUACACGUGUUACAGAGGGAGCAAGCCUGUUCCUGCUCCGGGGUCUCACCCACUAAACUGCUUAUGCACAGGCCCCCCUUCCAAAAGGAAGGAAAUUAGGUUUUCCUAUGCUGCUGAAGCUAACUACAAGGAGUACAUAUUAUGGGGUCAUUCGUUCACUUAGGUGUCAAACAUUAAACUUACGCUUCAUCUCACGUUAGCUCCUAUUUUCAUCAGCCACCCCAAGCUGGCACAGGAUGGCUCAGUGUCACCUGGCUGGGCCAGGCGCUGUGUGACAAGCAACUGCAGCAGGAGGAUCCCGAGCUUUCUGAUCUGAAAUGUGGCAAUUAUGGGGUCACAGACAAGCAGCAGAUUUCCCUGGUGGCAGCAGCACUCGACUGUUUCUUCUGGAACCGCUGGUCACCUGCCUUAUGAACAGCUGGCGAGGAACAGCCUUUCACACGCACCACUGCCUUGCUCAGCACUAAAAAUAUAUCCUGGGUUUAACAAGGCGAUUACUGAAGUGUCAGAUGUACCUGUUCCAAACAGGCACCUCCCUGUGACCAGGGACUUUCCCCAUGUGACUGGAGAGGGGUGCGAUCGCUGGUAAAUGGACACUCACACUGUGGGAUCAUCAAUUUGCUUGGUAACAGGAGAGUGAGACUUGUUUCUGAUAGCUGCAGGUGAUGGGAUGUAUGCACGGGCACUUCUACUAUGCUAAGCUUUAUAAUUAUGCAAAUCCCAACAGAUAAAGGUGUUUUUUUUUCUGCGAAGAAUCAGAGACCAUUAUUUGUACUUUACUACAUCUGUUUGAUGAAUACAACACUGCUGAGAGCAUCAUUACUACCCCUAGAAGGACUUUGGCCUUAUCCCCUGCCAAGGAUGUACAGGGACUUGUGUCACUGGGCACCAGAGGGGCCCUUGGGCAAUAGUUUAUUCGGAGAGGGCUCUUAGUAACCAAUCUACAGCAAUGCAGGAGACGACUGGUGUCGACACAUCUCUAAUUUCGAUAAGGUGGGUUACUUCUGAGUCCUGCUUUGCGCCUCCAGGGAAAAUACCAGCUCCAGCUGCCACCAGGGGCUGCCGCAUCAGUUACAGGAAUCACGGGCAGGUUUUUGGUCCUGACCAUCCCCAAACAGGGCGACAAAAGCCUUCUCUAAGCAUUAGGGCUUUCUUGACAUGCAGUUAAGCCCAAAAUUUCAAUCCAAAAUAUAUCUAGGUACUGCUUUUCCAGUGUAGUGCGGUCUGUACCCACCCCAGUCCUGCACCCACUCUGGCUGAGCCAACGGUACCAAGUCAAGCAAGACAAACAUUUAAAGCUCCACCUCCGGAAAAGAAGACUUUAUCUAAGGCCCUAUAUCAUAUUUACAGAUCAAAACCAUAUUAUUAUUAUUAUUACCAAAGGACGUCAUUACCUUGAGUUCAGAUUUUUCAGCCACAAGGAUGUUCAUUUUCCAAAGUCAAUGAAGACAGCGAGACAAGAGAUUUUACUUAAACUAUAUAUUUUUACAUAAAACAACUUUAUGUUACAAUAAAAUCAGAUAAAAAUCACAAAGUUAUAUAAUUUCAUAAAGAAAAAAAUCAAGUUUUCCUUUCAUAUAUAUAUAAAACCCAGCAUUUACUGCUACUAGGAGUCUAAAUGUUAACAUUGACUGUCUAUGGUCAAUUUGAAAAGAAAAACAAACUAAUAAAAGAAGAGGAAAGUACUUUUUCACAGCAGACAAAAUGAUGAGGUAAGAGAUGUUUUUUACAAUGAUCCAACUGUAGUAAACACUUCAGUUUUCAUUAAACCAUAUACUAAAUAUAAUAAACCCAAAUAAAAAUAUACAUUUAGAGCACUGCAGUGUUUUCCCACAGUUGUAUAUCAACAAAUUGUCCGUCAUUCACUAAACUUUACUUGAAACAGUAAAAACAGGGUGUAUGUUUAUCUUCAGUACUAAAAUCUCAUAAUCUAAAUAUUUUGGUAUAGCAGACCACACUAAAACACUCUCAGAACUUUCAACUACAAGGGAUAUAUUCAUGUUAAAAAUGAUGUGCUUUGUUUGUCAUUCAUGAUGAGUUUUAUAGAACAGUACGUUCAUGAUCACUAUUAGGCAGUUAAAUGAAAACAUCUAAAUGCUGCAAAAUACUCAUUCAUUGAGCAUCGCUCCCAUUCCACAUACCCAAGUUAAUCAAUGCACUGCAGACUUAGAAGCUUAGUUCACAAAUCUUACAUAUUAUCUGUCUUUUAUAGCUAGCAUAUGGCUAAAAUAAUUAUUGCUGACCAGUGUUUAAAGAAAAAAGAAACCAAAACCAACUUACAACAGCAGACAGACUUUUCUCAAGUGCCUUUCUCUUAAGUGCCAUAUUAUUACGUAACGAAAUGACCAGAAAUUAAAAAGGAAUCUAUUUCAAAACGUGCAUAUCAAGUUUUUGGAGGUAUAGGCACCUUCAUCUGAAGACUGCGUGUUUAGGCUAUAUCUGUUAAAACAAUUUAAAAAAAGAGCUAAGACAAAACACGGUAGAAAGUCAAACAGGCUGGACAUCCGCCAUGCCCAGGGACACAGGCCAAGCCCAGCCAGGCCCGGCCCAACAGGAGAGCCCUCCUGCGGGAAGCACCUUCGGCGUAUUUAUCAUUCACCUCCUCACUCUCUAUUUCACUUCACGUACCUUAUCAUUUACCGCAGAGAACAGUAUUUAAGACACGCAAACUUUACGUAAUUGUCAGGUUUAUAUUCUAAAGAGGAGCCUAAAGCAGCGUCAGGCUUCGGGGGGCGCAGGAUGUGUCUGGAUUAAACGUCUUGUGGCUCCGUAUUGCUUUGCUUGACACACAGGUGCUUGUGGAACACGAUCUAUGGAAAUAAAAAUUACUUUAGGGUAGGUCUGUGUCUUAUUGUUGCUAAAUCGUGCCUAGAACCAGACCCCUCAACCUGGGCAUCCUCACUGCCCCGAAAGCUGAACCUGCCGCUCUGCAAGGGCUCUGGUACUUCUGAGCCUGUGUAGGACGGCAAAAGCUUCUCCCAUUUUUGACCUAAAGCGUCAGACCAUAAACCAGCACUGCCCAGCUGUGCGUGUGGCCUUUCACCUGCCAUCCCGCGCAUUUGCGAUAUGCUGAGGACUUUUUGAUAUUUACAGGCUUGGCAGGCCCAGAACCGCCCGGACGAAGGUGGGUGAGCUGCGAGGUCAGCACGGCCACUCGAGGCUCCCGGCACACGUACAGCUUGUGGGCAGAGCACAUUUCACCGGCGCUUCUGCUGAAAUGAUUGUCACAAUGAGCUGCUGCGGGCGGAUUUCCCCGGCCACCCCUUCCCUUGGGAUUCGGCAUCAGUCGCACAUUAAGCCGAGCGGGACAUCUCACCAUGACAGCGGUUUUAUCUUUGCUAAUCCCCAGGCUCAGCAAGACAGUGCUAUAUUCCUUACAAGCCACUGAUGCUUUGAAGGGUUUCACAGAGAUAACUAUUCAGAUGAUAACUUUGUCUUGGCCUGAUGAAGAGCACGGCAAAGAAACUCCCACCACUACAAGGUGGACACUAAUGGGGACUUUUCCUUCAGUCAUUUACGCUCUUUGCAAGCGAUGGCAGCGGCCGGGACAGCGGGAGGAACAGCAGAAACCCUUCCCACUCUCCUUAAUUCACUGAGCAGCUUUCAAAAACAUUCAUCCUUAAUCGCCCGCGUAAAAAUAAAACCAGGCGUUAGUCUAGAAACAAGGCAUUGUCUAAACAGCAUUUGUUUCCUGGGCACAGAGGCAGCCAGUGUGAAAGUGUUUUUAAAAGAGCAUCCUUUGAACAAUAGGACAUAGCGAGAGGUGGCACUGAAUCUCUUACAGUAAGACAGUUUUCUUCCAGCGAGCUCCCUUAGGAAAGGAGACAUCAGUGAGACAUAUAGACAGAAAAACACUGGCAAGUGCUAAUUUUGCUGAAAACGCACUUUUAGGCCAAACAAAACUAUUUGUGAAUUUGAGUCAAAAGCAGCAAAUACAGGUUCAGCCAAAUAGGAAAAAAGCAAAACACUAACCUGUUUUACUUGGGGGUGGGAAACAAUGUAUCAGUUUUCCAUUUGGAAAUAAUUUAUUCCAAAGAUGAUACUAAGGUAAUUUCCCAAAAUGUGGAAAAAAACUCAUCUAAUGGAGCAUUCUUUCCCUUUGAAAGUAAUUAUCUCCAUGUAUUUUUCAUGUCACCGAGUAUUUUUAGGUGUUGUGCUAAUACAAAGCAGAGCUGUUUAUUUCUCAUUUUGGCCACCAAAAAGAAGACCCCAACAAACCACCGCUAUUCCGCAGCUCUAACAGCAGCUCAAAGGAGCGUUUCACUGGAAAGCCCAGAAGGCUCACGCAGGGACCGGCUGCAGUUUGGGAGGAGAGGAGAAGCAGGAUGAGCUGCCUGUUCAAUAAUGGUGUCUAUCUGCCUCACUAUCACAUAAAAAGACUAAAAAUGGGGAUUACUUGCACAACCACACACCGUUUCUGACGUCAUUUUCAGUUUUGAGAAGUCUGAUCUAACCCCGCAUUAUAAAACUGUUGAAUCUUGCACGCUGGCAAAGUCUAAUUUUCACAUGCCUACGUGCUAUGUACCUGAUUUUUAUUUUUAAAUAUCAACAGCCCACAGCGAUUUAUUUUAAAGAUACUUAAAUGGUCAUAAUGGUUAUGAAAGGUCCCAGAUUCACAGCCAUUCUUUGAAAGGAGUAAGAGCAAAAAUACACAAAGUCCAGUGUAAGCAACAGGCAUUGGUGACAACUCAACAGUGACAAAUGGAAUGAAAACUCAAGGGACAAUUGCAGAGAAAACCUAUCUCCAGCAUGGGGAUUAUAUAGAUCCAUGUGCGAAAAAAUAUCCAAAGCGUGUUCAUCUAUAACCCACCUUUCCUUUAAAGUUCACUUUUAUAAUUCAGAUGUGCCAAGAAAAGAAAAAAAGCCCUUAAAUUAAAAUAAAAAGAAAAAAAAGUGAAAAAAA